GUCCGAGGUGGAUGGGGAAUGAGUAAUCACCUACGGCGCGGCUGCAGUGUCUUACCCUGGACUCGCCCUUUUCUUCAGUACAAAAGUUAAAAAAAAGUAAGUGUAAGAUUUUACCGUCGGUAAAAGUUGGCUUUAGUCAAAAUCACAUAUCGGAGCUUGGUUUGACAGAAAUGGAUGUUAGAAAGGAAAUUCUCAGGCAGGUGUUCGGCGAUUCAUCGGAUAGUGAAGACUUGGAAUUGGGCGAUGGAUCGGAGUCCGACCCGAAUCAGAGAUGGGUACCAAUAGAACAAAUCAAAGGGCUGUGGCUGUGCAGAGACUUCCUCUCUCCUCAGAACCAGUCUGCCUUGCUCUCCACAAUCCAAAACGAAGGAUGGUUCACUGAAGCCUCUCACAAUCAGGCUAUGAGGUUCGGAGACCUUCCGGAUUGGGCAGCUGAGCUUUCGGAUUCUAUUCACAAGGUUGUGCUUUCAUGUGAUAGUGAUUCUCAUCCUAUCGAGUUGGGAAGUGCUUGUGAUGGGAAGCAGAAUGGCAGUCCGUUUCCGUCGGAACUUUUAUCCAGAGUGCCACUCUUUGAUCAACUUAUCCUAAACUCUUACCAACCAGGUGAGGGGAUCUGCGCCCACGUUGACCUAUUGCGCUUUGAAGAUGGAAUUGCUAUCCUCUCCCUAGAGUCAUCAUGUGUGAUGCAUUUUAGUCCAGUUGAAGGAACAAGUGGGGGCUUUCUAGAGGAUCAGGGAAAGGAUCCAGUGACGACCAAGAUUCCUGUUUAUCUUACACCAGGAUCCCUGAUUCUAAUGUCAGGAGAAGCACGCUACCAAUGGAAGCACGAGAUCAACCGCAAACCUGGAUUUCAGAAGUGGCAAGGAGAGGAGCUAAAUCAGAAGAAGAGAAUCUCCAUUACUCUGAGGAAGCUUUGCCAGCCUACACAGGUCCUGAAUGGAAAUGAUGGAUCAAAGUAUUAUGUGCUAGCUGACGUUGUUUAAGUGUCGUUUCAAGCUGUGGCAUUGUCCUGACCACCCCGAACUCCACAACAAGCCCUCUGCUGGCACCAUACUUCAGCCCCGGACGUAGCUUAUUUCGAUAAGGAAAUUAAACAAUAACUCAUUUUAAUUACUUCAUUAACAUCUUGCUUGGAUGGUCAGUACCGUGAUCUAGAGGUCUAGCAUGCCGAGAAGGUAGACGAUGAAGCUUCUCGCAAAAGUUCCUCGUCUCGUUGAGUAGUUUCUCCUUCAAGAAAGCAUUGUAUUCAACUCGCCUACUCGGACACUACUUUUAUUUAGUUUUUGGUUAGAGGACACUAAAUUGUUAGCAUCUAGGUAAGGAGGAGAGUGAGGAAAAGUUGCAAAAGUGGAAGGAUGACAUGCA